AUGGCCGACUCGAAGCAAACAUCUGAACCCGUCAACUUUGUGCAUCAGGAUGAAAUCUGGAAGGCACAUUUAAAAGUUGAGAAGGUUUCAGCUGAAGUCUGGCCCAAAAAGUGGGGCUUCCUGACUGAGGUCUACAAGGAGUACGAGAGGGAGAGUGUGAAGCUGAAGAGAGCGGCCGGGGUGGAGCUCCCCCAUCACCUGGCCCCAACACCUGCAACCCCCCCACAGAAACACAUCCAGGUUGGCCCCUCCCCUCCAGUUCCUCAGACAACUCAGGCUCUGAUUGGCUGGCGUUCAGCUCACUCACAUCUUCAGCUGGAAAAGUACGGCACAGUGCAUUAUGGGAGGCGUAGUUUUAUGAAGGAGCUGGGCUGGCCUCUUGGUGCCUGUAGCUGA